GCCGCAAAUGAACCCAAAAAUACUGGGGAAGAGGAUUUGGGGAAUGAUCACAAUGAAACAGAUAGUGAUGGAGGGGAGGGUUGUUCCCGUGCAUCUCAAGAAGGUACUAUCAUGGAGGUAGAAGAAGAUAGUAGUUUAUUGGUUGUGCAAUCCAGUGAGGUGUUGCCAAUUAAAGGCGAUAAGCAAUUGGAAGAGGAAGUUGCUGUUCAAGUUGAAAUCCCAUUGAAGAGCUCAAGGAGUAGUAGCGGUUCUAGUUGUGAUGAAGCUGAUGAUGAUGAUGAUGGUUGUGCCAACAAAAACAAAAGCAUAGUAGCUAGUAAUCCUCCUGGUGUUGGUUUGGUUAAAGAAGUUGGUUUAGUUGAACAUUGUGAUUCCGAUGUAGGGACUGUGAUGACCAUUGAAACUGAGCUUAUAAAUAGUGUUGAAGAAAUGAAGAAGAAGUUGCGUGUAGAUAAUGAUGAUGCCGUUCAAGUUGAAAGCUCAUUGAAGAGCUCAAAGAGUAGUAGCAGUUGUGAUGAUGAUGAUGAUGAAGUCAACAACAACAAAAGCAUAGUAGCUAAUUAUCCUCCUGGCGUUGGGUUGGUUAAAGAAGUUGGCUUAGUUGAUGAUUGUGAUUCCGAUGUGGGGGUUGCGAUAACCAUUGAAUCUGAGCUCAUUAAUAAUGUUGAAGAAACGAAGAACUUGUGUGUAGAUAUUGAUGAUGGUGUUUCUAUGUCGGAAGUUAUGGCGGAGAUAGGAUCACCAAUAAAUGAGGGGAUUGAAGAAGCUGUCAAAGAUUCUGAUGUGGCGGCUGUGAUAACCAUUGAAUCUGAGCUUAUUAAUAAUGUUGAAGAAAUGAAGAAGAACUUGUGUGUAGAUAAUGAUGAUGGUGCUUCUAUGUCGGAAGUUGUGGCGGAGAUGGGAUCACCAAUUAAGGAGGGGAUUGAAGAAGCUGUCAAAGAUUCUGCAACUCAAGAAAAUGGAGUGCAACCAAUUCCACCACCAUCACCACCACAUGAUCAUAUUUCCAGCAUUUUAAGUAAUGAGGCUGAUCCGGUCAAAAAGUCUGAUGUUCUUCCCUUCUCUGAUACUCAGCUUCUGGCGGCGUGCUCAGGUGUACAACCACGAGAGAUAACAUCAUGGAAGACUUGCUGUGGACUGUUUGAGCUAUUCACAGGAUCCAAUAGAUAAGUUCAGGUGGAGUGGAGUCGUGAAGAGCGAUGAUCAUGUAUGCUUUACUUACAUUUACCAGCCAAAAUAAGAUAGCAGGAGAGAGAUGAUUAUACAAACUUUUUUUUACAUAAAAUGCAACCAUCUUGGAGGCUUUCCUAAUUUGAAAAUGCAACAUCGAACUAGUCUCUUCUUCUGUGUUGGUUUUCUUGCUUUUCUGCAUUUGUUUUCAUCAUCUCCAAGAAUAGUUCAUUGAUCAUGAAUGUUGUAAAAAAAAUACAGGCAAGACUGGUUCUUUGAUUAUUAAAUUUGGAUUAUUUUCAAUGCACCCUUCGUUACAAAAAUAAUCACUUAAAG